AUGGCUAUCCUUGGACUUGACAUUACUCCGGGCAAGAAACUUCGGACACUUUGGGUCCGUAGGAUUCAAGUCGGGCAGACUAAGCUGAUUGAGCUGCAACCAGCUCGAAUUCGAUCCCACUCGGCGGUGAAAGAAUUGGAGAGCGUCUGUGGAAAAUGGUACAAAUACAUCGAGCAAUCACAUCCCAAAACCUCUCAUCCCAUCAUCACCAUCCAUCAUCACAGUACGAUUACCAAAACCAAAGUAGCAAACUCCAAAGAGCAGCCGGCCGUUCUGAACUUUCAAACCCCAAUACAUUUGACAAUCUCUUCCAUCAUGCAUCUCCGCAACAUCCUCGUGCUUUUGCCAGCUCUGGCGGCUGCGGCUCCAGUAUUUGAAGGCGUUGUAAACCCACACAUCUUACCAGCUAGAGACGUGGACCAGGACCUCGCAAAGUACGGCAAGCGUGCUCAAGAUCAGGACCUUGCAAAGUACGGACGUGCCGUCGAUGAGGAUCUUGCAAAGUAUGGCAAACGUGAUUACGGCAAGCGAGCUCAAGAUCAGGACCUUGCAAAGUACGGCCGUGCCGUCGAUGAGGAUCUUGCAAAGUAUGGCAAACGUGAUGUUGAUCAAGACCUCGCAAAGUAUGGCAAACGUGCUCAGGAUCAGGAUCUCGCCAAAUACGGUCGUGAUGUCGAUCAAGACCUGGCCAAGUACGGCAAACGAAACCUGGACCAAGACCUGGCCAAAUAUGGCAAGCGUGCUCAGGAUCAGGACCUUGCCAAAUACGGGCGUGCCGUCGAUGAAGAUCUUGCAAAGUAUGGCAAGCGUGAUGUGGAUCAGGAUCUCGCCAAGUACGGCCGUGCCGUGGAUGAGGAUUUGGCUAAGUAUGGAAAGCGUGAUGUGGACCAGGACCUUGCAAAAUACGGCCGCGCAGUCGACGAAGACUUGGCCAAGUAUGGCAAGUAA